UGUCAAAUUACAGUCAGUCAAAAUACGAGAUUACGAGGAAGUUCGAUCGAUGAACAAAAUUGACAACAAUAGUUUUGGUGACUUUUUCCUCAUAAACUUUAUUUUGAACUUUGAUGUGACUGGUGACAUUAUAUUAUCCAUUUAAGUAUUAAAAGUGCUUUCAAUUGAUUUAGGUAGCUACAAAAUUAAACGGAAAUAGUAUAAAAAUAUGGAAACCGAAAACAUGUAUCCUGAUCCUGAUCCUGAUACUAUCACUAUUGACACGCUAGUUCUAGAGGAAAUGGUAAAGCAGGAAAGGACUAAAGAGAUAACGGAAUUGCAUUCUUUGAGCAAAAAAACUUGUAAUCUUCAUGCUGAUUUGUUAUACUAUCGACACGCAACUUCUGCGAUGGGUUCUUCAUGUUACGAGCUAUGGAAAAGGAUACUAACCCAAGUGGGUGGGAGUCCCAAUGCAUGGCGAGAACUUGGCCUUCAUUUAGGAAUUGAACCUAAUAAACUAAAUUAUAUAAUGUACUCAGUCCAAGAGGACCAUGUUGACAUGGUGUUAAAAGUAUUCAGACAAAAUGAGAAUGCAACAAUUGACAAAAUCAUAGAUGCUUUCAUUAAGAUGAAGCGGUAUGAUAUUUUAAAAUCAAUGGAAGAACCACUUUGCAAAAUAGCUCAAUUUUUCAAUAAGGAUGAUAGUGGUUAUCAAAGCAAAAGCUCAGGUCAAAGGGAAGUUGUUAGACCAAAAAAUAUUCCCAAUAAUUUACCAGCAGCUCUCAGCAACAAGGUGGUCUCUCAAGAUAAGGAACCUAAGAAACCAAAGCAACCAGCUUUGAAGAUACCUUCAACACCAAAUGAGCCUAUAGUUAAUGAUACCCCAAUUUUUUUCCUUACUUACACUCAAGAUGGAUUUCCAACUGCAGUGAAUAUACAAGAAUAUGUUGAAAACUGGACUGAGAUACCAAAUGUUCAAGUCAUCACUUUGAACAACAAGAGGGAAGAAUUGUAUCAAAAUCCAGAGAAAUUUAUUAGGGAAUAUUUCGAAAAAGCGGAUAUCAUCAUACCCAUUAUUACUCCUGGUUACUUGGAAGAAAUCAAGUCCCACAAUCCAACUGUUCCUAACACUUCUGAUAAUUUAGACCAUAAAUAUGUUAAUUUUAUUUAUAACCUUAUUGUAAAUAACUACAUUCAUGCUUCAGGGUGCCUCAACAAAAAAGUGAGGAGUGUAUUGCCACAAAAUGCUAAUGUUGAUCUAUUUAGGCAAAUCACAAUGUAUCCCGACCUAAUGCCAUGGACAUAUGAGACUAAUUUCGAUGCACAGUUUCAAGCUUUCUUAAAAUUUCAACAACAAUAAAUAUUGAUAGUUGUGCCUUAACAUUUAUUUUUUAUAUUCACUAUUUGUACAUACAUGAAUAAAUAAAUUAUUGGGGUGCUAUAGUUAGUGGCGGGGUAAGACCUCAUUUAAAUGUGGGCAAGACAGAUUUAGCGAGGCCCUUUUCUGUAGCAACCUGAAAACGAAAGAUAAAAAAUUGCCCAUGCCUUACGCCGCCUCUGGCUAUAGUACAAUAUUUGAGUAGUAAUUAUUGUACCUGAUAAUGUUGUAUAAAUGAAAUCAAAUAAAUAUUUAUAUCCUUUAGAAAUUAAAGUUUAAUAAUGGUUUUCUCCUUACAAUACACAGUACAAACAAAAAGAAAAUCACAAAUUAUAGGAAACGAAAUUUUUAUUGAUAAGAUUGAACCUUUAAACUCAAAUAAAAUAAUGAAAUGUAAAUUGUAGCAAAAAAUCAAAAGAUAAAACAAGGAAAAACCACUGUUGCUGUUUGAUCUUGUAUUAGAAUUAAGUGUUCAAAUUUAAUGUAAUAAAUUAAUGAAGCAAUGCAUAUGCCACCUAAUGUAUUAGUCAUUGCAUAACAUUAAGACAGGUUAGUUGAAGUCUAGGUUUCACACAAAAAAUACUAGGAAAAUUACAAACAUUAUCCACACUAUGCUAGCAUUAACCAACAUUAUGAUUAAGUUCAUUGGACAUAUUAUGUUUUACAAUAAUUAUUAUUGGCUAAUGAUAUAAGAAAAACAUUUGGCAUGAAGUUCUCAUGAUAGAAACUAGGAUACAGGUCAGGAAUGAUGAACCUUUAACAAUAUUUGUAAAUAAAGGUUUUUGUGGUUAUUAAUGUUUCAAAUUAGUAGCAAUCAUAGGUCUGGUAGCUAUACAUCUUACAAGCUGCUUUGCUGAUGGAUACCAUAGCUUAAGUACAUCAGCAAAACCUGCAACUUCAGAGACAUUACAAGUGAAUUUGGCUUUAUGUUUUGUGAUCCAGUGCUGAUAUGAUCAAAAUAUUAAAUUACAUGAUAGGUUUGCUAUCCCUGACCUAUAUCAAUAGUACUCUAUUAUUAGUUGUCAGUCUUGGUAUCCACAUCAUCAGUAGUUUCAUCUGCAGUGCUGACAUCAUUGACAUCAAUGCCAGUGUCAUUGUUCGAGGUAUUGGCCAGUUCCUCC